AUGGACCCUGGUGGGGCUUCUGGACCCUGGUGGGGCUUCUGGACCCUGGUGGGGUUUAUGGACCCUGGUGGGGUUUAUGGACCCUGGUGGGGCUUCUGGACCCUGGUGGGGCUUAUGGACCCUGGUGGGGUUUAUGGACCCUGGUGGGGCUUCUGGACCCUGGUGGGGUUUCUGGACCCUGGUGGGGCUUCUGGACCCUGGUGGGGCUUAUGGACCCUGGUGGGGUUUAUGGACCCUGGUGGGGUUUAUGGACCCUGGUGGGGCUUCUGGACCCUGGUGGGGCUUAUGGACCCUGGUGGGGUUUAUGGACCCUGGUGGGGAUGGUGGGGCUUCUGGACCCUGGUUGGGUUUCUGGACCCUGGUGGGGCUUCUGGACCCUGGUGGGGUUUAUGGACCCUGGUGGGGCUUAUGGACCCUGGUGGGGCUUAUGGACCCUGGUGGGGCUUCUGGACCCUGGUGGGGCUUCUGGAACCUGGUGGGGCUUCUGGACCCUGGUGGGGCUUCUGGAACCUGGUGGGGCUUCUGGACCCUGGUGGGGCUUAUGGACCCUGGUGGGGUUUCUGGACCCUGGUGGGGCUUCUGGACCCUGGUGGGGUUUCUGGACCCUGGUGGGGCUUCUGGACCCUGGUGGGGCUUAUGGACCCUGGUGGGGUUUAUGGACCCUGGUGGGGUUUAUGGACCCUGGUGGGGCUUCUGGACCCUGGUGGGGCUUAUGGACCCUGGUGGGGUUUAUGGACCCUGGUGGGGAUGGUGGGGCUUCUGGACCCUGGUUGGGUUUCUGGACCCUGGUGGGGCUUCUGGACCCUGGUGGGGUUUAUGGACCCUGGUGGGGCUUCUGGACCCUGGUGGGGCUUAUGGACCCUGGUGGGGCUUCUGGACCCUGGUGGGGCUUCUGGAACCUGGUGGGGCUUCUGGACCCUGGUGGGGCUUCUGGAACCUGGUGGGGCUUCUGGACCCUGGUGGGGCUUAUGGACCCUGGUGGGGUUUCUGGACCCUGGUGGGGCUUCUGGACCCUGGUUGGGUUUCUGGACCCUGGUGGGGCUUCUGGACGCUGGUGGGGCUUCUGGACCCUGGUGGGGCUUCUGGACCCUGGUGGGGCUUCUGGAACCUGGUGGGGCUUCUGGACCCUGGUGGGGCUUCUGGACCCUGGUGGGGUUUAUGGACCCUGGUGGGGUUUAUGGACCCUGGUGGGGCUUCUGGACCCUGGUGGGGCUUAUGGACCCUGGUGGGGUUUAUGGACCCUGGUGGGGCUUCUGGACCCUGGUGGGGUUUCUGGACCCUGGUGGGGCUUAUGGACCCUGGUGGGGUUUAUGGACCCUGGUGGGGUUUAUGGACCCUGGUGGGGCUUCUGGACCCUGGUGGGGCUUCUGGACCCUGGUGGGGUUUAUGGACCCUGGUGGGGAUGGUGGGGCUUCUGGACCCUGGUUGGGUUUCUGGACCCUGGUGGGGCUUCUGGACCCUGGUGGGGCUUAUGGACCCUGGUGGGGCUUCUGGACCCUGGUGGGGCUUCUGGAACCUGGUGGGGCUUCUGGACCCUGGUGGGGCUUCUGGAACCUGGUGGGGCUUCUGGACCCUGGUGGGGCUUAUGGACCCUGGUGGGGUUUCUGGACCCUGGUGGGGCUUCUGGACCCUGGUUGGGUUUCUGGACCCUGGUGGGGCUUCUGGACGCUGGUGGGGCUUCUGGACCCUGGUGGGGCUUCUGGACCCUGGUGGGGCUUCUGGAACCUGGUGGGGCUUCUGGACGCUGGUGGGGCUUCUGGACCCUGGUGGGGCUUCUGGAACCUGGUGGGGCUUCUGGACGCUGGUGGGGCUUCUGGACCCUGGUUGGGACCCUGGUUGGAUGUGUCUCUGGUUGGUGUGGAUGUGUCCCUGGUUGGGUGGAUGUGA